ACUUGAAGUGAUUAAUGACGACGGCAAGGAAACUACAAUAAUAACUUCGCUGUCUUAUAUCUCGAACCCAGAACAGAUACAAAAGUGUUCGAAAGCUAACGAUUUUUCAGCUAGAAGAAGGAGCCUGUGACUUUCGAAAUGGAGAAAACACUUAGAUGUGUUCGGUGGGGUUAUGAAGUUAAUGCCUCUUCCGAUGAUUGCAUCGACGCAAUCAACUCAUAUUUUCAACAGGUUCUGUUUUUUUUAAUGAAGGUUCUUAGCCAUGGGAGGAAUAGGAAAGUGAUUCUAGAGGCACCACUCUACGAUAAAGAUUGUGUUUUGGCCAAUAUUUUAGCUGCUCAUUACCUUUCUUCAUCUGAUCCUUCCAGAGCUAAUUCCUAUGUUGAAGCUGCCACAUCCAAUCUCGAGCAAUCUACACCUUAUGAGAAAGCGGUUUUUGAGGCUGUUACGUACCUGAUCUCCGCGGACAGGGAUGACGACUUAGCUUUUGAAAUGCACACCGAGCUACUUAAAAAGUUCCCAAAGGAUUUGGUCUCUCUGAAGAGAGCACAGCUUUUAUGUUUCUACAUGGGUCAACCUCAACCCUUUUUGGGUCUUGUUCAGCAGGUUCUACCUGCGAAUCAAGAAGAAAGUUACAUACAUGGUAUGCUUGCGUUCCCAUUGUUAGAACUAGGUCGAAUGGAAGAAGCUGCUGCAGCUUCCAGAAAAGGCUAUGAGAUAAACAAAGAAGACGCAUGGGCACAUCACUGUUUAUGUCAUGUUCUUCAACAUGAAUGUCGUUUCAAAGAAGCAGUGGAAUUCAUGGAAGAACAUUCAGAAUCUUGGCCUCCUUGCUCAUCUUUCAUGUAUACACACAAUUGGUGGCAUGUUGCUCUUUGUUACUUGGAAGGAGGGGCACCAUUGAGUAAAGUAGAAGAGAUUUAUGAUCAUCACAUCUGGAAAGAAUUAGAGAAAGACGAUGCCGUUCCUCCUGAAGUUUAUCUCAAUGCAUUGGGCUUGCUGCUGCGUUUAGAUGUAAGAGAUGCUCUUGAUGGUUUUGAAGACCGUCUCAAAAUGGUUGCAGUUCGUUUAACUGAUCAGGCAAACUGGUAUUUGGACUGGCACCUCGAUUUAUUGAUUGUUUGGGCGUUAGCAAAGGUUGGAGAGACUUCAAGAGCUCAUGAAUUACUUGAGGGUCUGAAGUUCCGAUUAUCAAAGAUGAAUAAGAAGAAACAACAAGUGAUGCAGAAAGGGAUUCAGCUGGGGGAAGCUGUGUAUGAAUUUGCGAGGGGUAACUACAGAGAGGCUUUAGAAUUACUCGGGUCAGAGUUUAACGCCUUUGUUUACAAGAUUGUCGGGGCAUCAGAUGAACAGAUAGAUGUUUUCAACGAAAUGUGGUGCCAGCUACUGCUAAAGACAGGCCAAUCCUCCACUGCCAGGGAAGUGAUCAGAAAGAAGAUAAAGGUCAGAGAUGGUGUUCCUUUCAUCUGGCGUUUGCUAGAGAAGAGUUACACCAUGGAAGGCAAUGCAGAGGCGAUGAGUGCAGGAGAAAGAGCUAAGAAACUGGAAUCCUCUUAUUUCUAAACUCUUCUUCAAAACCCAAAAAUAAUGACUGAAUGAAUUACAUAUAUUGUACAUGUUUUUUUUUUUUUAAUAAAAAAGUAAAAUCUUUUUGCAAAUCGUGUGUGUUUGUACGUUUUUCCAUAUUUUAUAAAUUCAGAUUUUCCAUAUUUCUCUUUCUUUACAUGUGUUCCUUCCCUAUAUAUAUAUAGUUCACUAACCUAGCUUUUACGUUUGUAGUACUCUAUAACAUUCAUCUCUGAUCCACAAAUCACAGAAGAUACUUUGAUAAAAAAAAAAUCUAGAUGUCUGAAGAAGAGGAGAAGAAGAAGAUUGCUAUGGAGAUGGAACGGAAACAGAGGAACCAAGAGAAGGCUAAAGAAAAAGAGAAAGAAAAAGCAGAAAGCUUUGGAGAAAGCAAAGCACGGAGAAGUUUUCAAGUCAGCAAAACCCAAAAAAACAAUUGCAGAGAAGAAGGUAACUGGAGUGUGGAAAAUUAGAAGUUGUAGGAGGAAGAAGCUAUGGAACAAGGCUGUUGCUGCUUCUGUCCAAGAUUCUUUAUACAUACCCCAUACAAUGUCUCAAUAAAUUAAUCAAACAGUUUGCGAUUUGUAUGGUCUGCUUAUAGUGUUGUAACUUGUUGUAUUUUCAUUAUUUGUGAUAAGUUGGAACCUGGAA